AUGCCAGGCACCUCCUUGGAGGGGAUUCGUCCCACCUACAUCUACAAGGUGGUUCUUCUGGGGAGCACGUCCGUGGGAAAAUCAAGCCUGGCCUACCGAUAUGUGAAAAAUGACUUCAAGGAGUCGCUGCCAACCGUGGGAUGCUCCUUCUUCACACAGACGCUCAACCUGGAGGUAGCCACCCUCAAGUUUGAGAUCUGGGACACGGCAGGCCAGGAGAAGUACCACAGCGUCUGCCACCUCUACUACCGGGGCGCCCACGCUGCUCUCCUCGUUUACGACAUCGCUAACAAGGAAACACUAAACAGAGCAAAGCUGUGGCUGAGGGACCUGGAGAAGGAAUUCCUUCCCGAUGAAAUCGUCAUUGCUUUGGUGGGCAACAAGGUGGACCUUGCUGCUGAGCGAGAAGUCACCACUGAGGAGGGGGAAGAGUUUGCAAGGACCAAAGGCCUUCUGUUCAUGGAGACAUCUGCAAAAUCUAACCACCAAGUAAAUGAUAUCUUUAUGGCCGUAGCCCAAGAGCUCCUGCAGCGGGAACAAGGGAAGACGUCCGCCCCGUCCCCACGUGGGAGGUCAACAGUGGACCUGAGGGAGAGCAGGGCGAGGACGGGGUGCUGCCGGCGCUGA